ACUUUCAUAGAUUUUUCUUUAAUAUUAUAAAGCAUUCGAAAAUAUGGAACGUAGGGACAAAAUGUACGUCUGCUAAAUUAGAAGCAUAUACUUUUACGCGAAACUAUAUAAUUCAAAGUCUCGGAUCAGUUAGACAGGUUACAUAGUUCGACGAGGAAUAGGAAUAUUCUUACAGCCAUCUUGUGGACAACUAAGAAUUUGAAAAUCUCACUUUUAAUCGUAGUUUAUUGCUAUAAAAAAUCCAGAUUGCAAUGAUCAAAAGUUUUGUAGUAUAUAGCAUUUCGUACAUUCAGGACCCCAGUUCCAACUAGUGCUAAAUAGAUAAAGAAAGAAAAAGGGCGCUAGAUAGCGUAAAAGAAGAGUGGAAUUUUUGCCGCAUGUCCAGUACUGAUGGCAGGGUCGCGUUGCCAUGCCACUAUCGAUUUUCAGGAUGCAGGGCGUGGAAAUCGCAUGUAUAUUCGAAGUCUAGUAUUCAGCAAACGCAUUUAGUGCCGCGAUGUUUCUCCACGCACACGCCAUGACCUCAAUCUCGCCGAAUUAGUUUAAUGAUAACCCGGAGUGUCGGCUUCCUGGACGCAAUGUCAAGUGUCGUGUCCAGGCAUGCGAAACACACCGGUUCGGUUUUCGCGCUGUUGCUCGCUUCAGGACGCCUUUGCACCUCCGGAGCAAAGACGAUUUCGUCGGGUGCAUGGAUUGCAGUUGCCGUUGCAUCCGCAGCAGGUUUUUGGUUGGCUGGUCCUAGCUGGAGUAGCUGCAGGAACAUUUCUUGUGAUCCUACCACGACUGCCAUUUCCACUACGGACUCAUCUUCUCCCAGUGAUCAUAGUUGCUCUGGUUCUCCAUGUGAUAACACAUCUCUUCGCUCUCCUACUGGAUCCAGCAGAUCCCAGAGUACGGGCUCGGCCUCGUGCCCAAGUGGUUCCAGAAUUUGAUCGUACCAAGCAUCUUCACGUCAUUGAGAACGGUCGUUGUCAUUUGUGCAACAUUACUGCCACUGAGAAGCGCACCAAGCAUUGCAGUGUGUGCAACAAGUGCGUUACAAAAUUUGAUCAUCAUUGCAAGUGGUUGAAUAACUGCAUUGGGGGUAGAAAUUAUUUAGCCUUCAUUGGCUGUCUAGUUUCAGCAAUUAUUGCAUCCUUUAUUGUACUCUGCAUCUCCCUUGCUGAGCUCGUGAUACAUGUAAGUUACAAGGAAUUGUACAACAUCACCAUGGACAAUGUUACUCUGCCAGUACCACCUGCUGGACCUGGUUCGCUGGUAGUCAUAUCUGUUGUUGGAAUCUUGUCUGCUAUUGCAGCAGUACUGCUUAUACAUCUGUGCUUUUUUCAUGGAUAUAUUGCUUGCCUAGGCCUUACUACGUAUGAAUAUGUACGCAGUAAAAGUGAGAGAAAUGCAGUCAAUGCUUUAAAUGCAAACACAGCUUCCUCCACACCUAUCACGUGUUCUUCAUUCUGCAAGGAUAAUACAGACUUACCAGUCCAAUAUCAUUUUUGCAAGUCUGCACCAGAGCGCUGCCCUGAGACUGAAACAAGAAACAUUUAUGUCUGUUCUACGCAUCAAAGUUCCACAGAUUCUAAUGACACAAUCAAAGAGCGUAGGAACUUCCACUUAUAUUUUUCAUAUGAGAGUCGUGCCAGUGAGACCUCCAUCGAGCUCUCAUCUAGAACAUCAAUCCUAGAGGAGCCAGUGCGCAGUCCGCAGCCACGUAUAGAAUUCAAACCGUCCACACCAUCCCCUGUAUCCUGUUGUUUCUCUAUCAUCAGUGGCUCCAGCAACUCUACCAAUACCGGUGAUCGCCAGUCAAGGAAACGCCUAGAUGAGAAUGACAGGGUCAAGACUAAGUCAUCUCGUUGCAACGCGAUGAGACGCAUCAGGACGUUUCUACGUAUGAAAUUAAGGAAAAACGCUAGACAUAGGUCGUCUCUAAAUUCUGACCCUGGUCGGAAUACACGUAAAAACCGUGUCAAUCCAUUAAGCAGCCCCAGUGAAGAUCCCAAGGAGAAGGAAGAUCCUGUGCGCUGCAUCUCUAUGACUCCGUCCCCUACCAGAGAAGAAUCUUUGGUUCAGACGAGGCCACCAGUUAAGCUUCCACCUUUGACUCUACCCACCAGGCAUCGCAAACAUGUGGGAACUGCCUCGGCCAUGUCCUUGACAAUACCUUUAGCUGGUACCAAACGUGGACAGCCUCUUCGAGUACGUAGAGGCAGCUUCCACAAGAGACCAAGAUUCAAGAUUGGUGCUCACAUUACGCAAUCCGCCCAACUCUCGCCGAUCCCAGAAUCUGAACUCUCUAAACCUGCUUCGCCGAGGUCACCGCCCCAGAUAAAUAAUCACUUUACAUUUCCACCGUGUAUUACCGAAUCGACGGAUAAUGCACGUAGCCAGAGUGCCGGUACGGCUGUGACCUGAAGCUCUUACAGGAAAUGUCUUUUGCUGACGUUUAAUAUGAAAAUUGAAUUGAGAAUCUCUGGAAAUUUGUAUACAGGGUGAAACUGCGGUACUCUAGUCGCAUUUGAUGUAUUUAUUAAAUAUUGAUAAUCCCGUCCGUUAUUUUUCGCCCUGUGCACUAUUGGUGCAUUAGGACGCAAAGUUGAUACGUUAAUGCCACAGACAUCCUAACACAGACACACUUAUAUAUAUACGAUACAUUAUAUAUAUGUAUAUUUCACCGAAUUUUUCUAUAUACAAAACCUUGUAUUCAUUUGCGAAAAAAAUAAAUAGAAUUCUCUGUUGAAAAAAUCCUUAUUGUCUUUAUUACUUAUUCUUGUUACCUCAAGUCAGUUGUAUUUUUUUUCCAUAAAUUUAAGUUCACCCAGGUACCUUCGGCACUACCAGUCUGUGCCAGGGUGAGACAUUACUUCCUUUUCACGCAACCGUAUCUAUUCAAUUUUGUUGUCCUGGUCUUUCGACAAGCCACGCAAGACUAUUAUAAGAGGUACCUAUC